UGCAUCAGACCCAUGAUGGGUCCGGUAAGGUAAGGUAAGGUAAGGUAAGGUAAGGUAAGGUAAGGUAAGGUAAGGUAAGGUAAGGUCUUCCAACUUCCUUGGAUAUCCGAGACGGAUGGAUAACGAAUUCGCCCAGCGUGAGGAAAUGGGCGAUUUAUCUCAACAGGAUGGCCGAUGACCGAUGGUGGGAAUUCAUGUGUGAAUUACUCCGCCGUUUGAGGUGAAAUUAUGGACGGCACUGUCCUACAAUGGGCAGUGGUAAACCUCUCAGUGGCGGCGCUGUCCUACAAUGGGCAGUGGUAGGCUACGUCUCUCAGCAGUGGCGGCGCUGUCCUACAAUGGGCAGUGGUAAACCUCUCAGUGGCGGCGCUGUCCUACAAUGGGCAGUGGUACACCUCACAGUGGCGGCGCUGUCCUACAAUGGGCAGUGGCACACCUCUCAGCAGUGGCGGCGCUGUCCUACAAUGGGCAGUGGUACACCUCUCAGUGGCGGCGCUGUCCUACAAUGGGCAGUGGUACACCUCACAGUGGCGGCGCUGUCCUACAAUGGGCAGUGGCACACCUCUCAGCAGUGGCGGCGCUGUCCUACAAUGGGCAGUGGUACGUCUCUCAGCAGUGGCGGCGCUGUCCUACAAUGGGCAGUGGUACGUCUCUCAGCAGUGGCGGCGCUGUCCUACAGUGGGCAGUGGUACGUCUCUCAGUGGCGGCGCUGUCCUACAAUGGGCAUACGUCUCUCAGUGGUGAGGACUGUGCCUCCCCCUGGUGGACAUCUCAUCUCCUGCACCAAAGAUCUGCCUUGCGAGCGCAGAAGUGCAUCUAUAGGCCUACAGCCUAUGUGAAUGCAGAUCUUCUGAUGAAGCUCCAAUGUGUUCAACUUAGCAGAUUUGAAUUAAAAACAAUGUUGUACUUGUCUUGUUCUUGGUUUAUGCAGCACUCUUUCCCACCACCAGGUUGGCAUGUCUCCAUCUGCCGUGGGGCUAGCUGUCCUACAAAGGAAAAUGGACAACUCGCAGAGCUCCAACUCGCAGAGCUCCAAACAAAAAUUGCGGUUCCUGAUACACGCGGAUGCCAGAGGAAGGCUGGACCAUUCUGAAGAGACCUGCGCAGAUCCACUGAUGCAAGACCCCGGACUGAUGACUGGGACCAGCGCCGAAGAAUCCCUCAUUGGAUUAUUCUGUUUAAAUAAACAGCCUAAAUCAUAGUUCA